ACAUUCCAACCUCACUUUUAUGUUUUGCAAAAAGAAACUGUAUGUUUUUAAAAAUAAUUUUAAGCAUUUUCUAACCACCUGUGGUGAUCAAAACCAGGACAAUGGGCUACAAUCUCAAAGAUGAAAGUGAAGUGAAGGAAUACAUUGAGAAUUUGGGAAUAGAAUAUAGAUUUGGGUGUUUUUCUGAAAAGAAAUCAGAAGUUUGUCACCUGCUCGGAGAUUAUUUGGAGGGUAUAAAGAAGGACUUUGAGAAAGCCGGUAAGGUGUACCGGUCGAACUGUGAUGACUACGGCUAUGCGAGAUCUUGCCUCAAGUACGGCCACUAUAGUUUUGUAGGGAAAGGUGAAAGUGGGAGUAAAGGAGAUCCCCUCAGGGCCUAUAAAUACUAUGAGAAGGGAUGCAGCUUAAGUGAUGCUGAUAGCUGCCUCCAUGCGGGUCUUCUCCUUGUCUCCCAGUCACUCCCAAAGGAAAUAAAACGUGACAUCCCGAAGGCAUUUGAGAACCUCAAGAAGAGCUGCGAAAUGAACAAUGCCACGGCGUGUUUCUAUCUCUCAGGGAUGCACAUUUCCGGUGUUCAAACUCAAGCCGAUGCCACGGCUAAAACGGGCAAAUUCAUCAUUGCCAAGGACAUGAAGAGGGCCUUUGAGUAUGCCUACAAAGCCUGCGAGUUAAAGAAUAUGUAUGCAUGCGCGAAUUUAAGCCAAAUGUAUGCGAGAGGGGAUGGCAUUGAGAAGAAUGAGGAGCGAGCUGAAAAGUACAAGAAAAUGGCUCUGGAGAUGCAGGAUGAAGUUAAGCAGCAGGCAUCACUGGAAUUCCAGCAAGGUGUCAACACGUAGUAGCCCUUAUUCCGCAUCUUGCCUACACCUGCGCACGUUCCACAGAGAAGACUUUAGAAAAAAAAAUUGCUGCAGACCCUUGAAAAGUCAUGUAAAUAUAGUCAAAUUUGUUCAAGAAAAAAAUCUAUUCUAUUGAAA